AGCCGUCCGCCGUAUCCGGGGGCGGGGCGUGUGUGUGUGACAGCAGGAAGAAGCUAGCAGGCAGUGUGAUCGCAGCCUCCGCGGAUCGAACCCUCGUUCUUCAUCACCGGAGCGUGUGUGAGCGGCAUGAAGCUGUGGACCGUCAGCUGCCUGCUCCUGUGCGCCCUGUCGGCGGUGCUCGCCGGGAGAGACUUCUACCAGAUCCUGGGGGUCAGCAAGACGGCGUCUAUCCGGGACAUCAAAAAGGCGUACCGGAAGCUGGCUCUGCAGCUCCAUCCCGACCGGAACCAGGACGACCCCAAAGCGCAGGACAAGUUCGCAGACCUGGGGGCGGCAUACGAGGUUCUGUCAGACGAGGAGAAGAGGAAGCAGUACGACAUGUACGGCGAGGACGGCCUGAAAGAGGGACACCACAGCUCCCACAAUGACAUCUUCUCCAGCUUCUUCGGUGACUUCGGCUUCAUGUUUGGGGGAAACAGACAGCAGCAGGACAGGAACAUCCCCAGAGGAAAUGACAUCGUUCUUGACCUUGAGGUCACCCUGGAAGAAGUGUACUCUGGGAACUUUGUGGAGGUGGUACGGAACAAGCCUGUAGCCAAAGAAGCUCCGGGGAAAAGGAAGUGCAACUGCAGGCAGGAGAUGAGGACCACGCAGCUGGGACCGGGCCGCUUCCAGAUGACCCAGGAGACCGUGUGUGACGAGUGUCCCAAUGUGAAGUUGGUCAACGAGGAGAAGACUCUGGAGGUGGAGAUCGAGCAGGGCGUCAGGGAUGAGAUGGAGUAUCCUUUCAUUGGAGAAGGUGAGCCGCACGUUGAUGGAGAACCUGGAGAUCUACGAUUCCGCAUCAAAGUGCUGAAACAUCCGGUGUUUGAGCGCAGGGGUGACGACCUGUACACCAACGUCACCAUCUCGCUGGUGGAGGCCCUGAUCGGCUUUGAAAUGGACAUCGUUCAUCUGGACGGACACAAGGUGCACAUAGUCAGAGACAAAAUCACCAAACCAGGAGCUCGAAUGUGGAAGAAAGGAGAAGGUCUGCCGAACUUUGACAACAUCAACAUCCGAGGUUCUCUGAUCAUCACCUUCGACGUGGAGUUUCCUCAGACCCAGCUGGACGAGCAGCAGAGAGACGGUGUGCGGCUCCUCCUGAAGCAGGACUCUGUUCAGAAGGUUUACAACGGCCUGCAGGGGUACUGAUCUGAGGGGAGGCUGUUUGGAUCUGCCCCUCUGCCGCGCCCCCCUCUGGUCAGCAGCUCUCUGUUUUUGUCUCAGGACAGCCUUUACUGAAGCUGCAGAUGCUGCCUCUUGUGAGCAGAGCCGUUGUUUUACUGUUUGUUUUGCCCCCUCCCCAAAUGAGGUUUUGUACCUUUUGGUUAGUUUUAUUUAUCAGAGACUGUUGACGGCUGAGCUGCUCGAAAGACAGACCUGGAUCUCCAGCUGCUCACAGCGCCUCCCUCUGGUCAUCUUCAGAAAUGCUGUUUUUGGGACAAGCUGAGGUUUUUCCUGCCUGUGAGGGGCGGAGCUUCCUGUCCUCUCUUUGGCACUUGGACUCUUUGACCAGUUUGAGGGCACUCUGUGGGUCUGCUGAAUGGCAGCUCCACCGCCCUUUUCAGGAGAGUCCAGGCUUUGGAUGUGAAUUUAGUUUCUUUUACAUGUUUAAGGGAUCUUCUUUACCUGACUGACUCUGAAUAAAAGUUUCUACAAAUGUGACAAGA